AUGGAGAGGGUACAGUUUCAACAAGAGCAGAUGCUCGCAGAGCUAAAGGACCUUGUCCAAAAAAGUUUGUUCACCCAAUCCGAGGUCAAGCAGAUCGUGAAAAAACGUACACAAUUUGAAACCGCACUUGUCCGUCGCAUCCCAAAAAAGAGCGACUUCCUGCGAUACGCGGCAUAUGAGAUGAAUCUAGAGCAGCUGAGGCGAAAACGUGUGGACAGACUGAAACUGGAGAAGACCGCGCCGUCAAUAUCAGAUUACGCUCUUGUUCGCAGACAAUUUCAGAUAUUCGAACGUGCGCUCAAGAAAUUCAAGUCGGACGUGGGAUUGUGGAUACAAUAUAUCCAAGUUGCAAAGCGUGAGGGGGCCCGUUCACUAGUGGGACGUAUAACAGCCAGGGCCCUCCAGCUUCAUCCAAGAACCCCUGCAUUGUAUAUCAUUGCCGCCUCUCAUGAACUUGGCCACAUGUCCCCUUCCGCGGCACGCGCCCUCCUUCAGCGUGGUCUUCGACUCAAUGCCGACAGUGUCAAUAUGUGGAGAGAGUACGUGCGAAUGGAAAUGGGUUUCGUGGAAGGGAUGAAACGAAGGUGGACCGUGCUGGGAAUUCAUGAGGAGGAUCAACCUGCUGCUGAGACGGAGAAAACUGCUGAGGAAGAUAUAGCGUCACUCACCCCAGAAGAGAUAGCAGCAGAGAAGGGAGGUGACGAAGGUGAGAAAGCACGACAGGCCAUUAUGGAUGGUGCUAUCGUCAAGUCUGUGAUUUCGAGCGCUGCGAAAGCUCUGCCUAGUAUAAGUUUAUUUUCAGCUCUUGAGGAUCUAAUCCGUUCGUAUCCCAGUCAAGAGCGCCUUCGCACAGCCCUUCUUGAUCAUCUUUAUAGUGUUCUCAAAGACACACUACCGGAUGACCCUCACGCCGUGAAGACCCUGGCGACAAGAAAACUUCGAGAACUUGCAUCCCAGGAGCAUAGUGAUGAUUUUGUCUUGGCCGAAGGCGAAGAAUUCGUUGAUGCGCUUCAAUCUGCAAACGAGACACUCUCCGCGGCUGUUGGCGCCGGGAGCACGAACGCCUCUGGCAUGAUUAAUGUCUAUGUUGAAUUUAUAGAGGAGUGGUGCAAAAUGUCCACGCUGGAUCCGAAUUUACAUGCAUAUCUUUUAGCUUCCCUCCGAAAAAUUGCUCGACAGCCGAACGCAUCACCUUUACUGCGAGCUGCGCACAUCCGGCUGGCAUCGUCUUCCGAAAAGGUUCUUUGA